AUGGAAAUCAAAUUGCAUAACACAUUUGUGAUUGUCAAUGGUCUUUCAAUAGUUUGGUCUCCUAUAGUUGUUCGUUUGUCGAUACAAUUAGGUCUAUUUGUAUCUAUCUUUGGCUUUAAAGAUCUGUUUGACUGGCAGCACUUCAUCGAGACCCUGAAGGAUGAUGUCCACAUAGUUGAGACAAUAUCACCUGAGUAUGCUGGAAUUGAACCAUUUAACAAAACGCCAAUAUCCUGGUCUAAGGUUAGCUAUUAUAAGGCAGAGGUCCUUCCAUUACUGAAGCAGCAUAAAGUAAUCUAUUUUACUCACACCGAUUCUCGGCUUGCCAAUAAUGGUAUCUCAAGUUCCAUACAAAAGCUGAGGUGCCGUGUAAACUACAAGGCACUGAAAUAUUCAGCUGCAAUUGAAGAACUUGGAAACACAUUGAUUUCUAGAAUGCGCCAAAAUGGAAGCCCUUAUCUUGCUCUACAUUUGAGAUAUGAGAUGGAUAUGCUUGCAUUUACGGGUUGCAGUCAUAGUCUUCCACGGAAGCUACCCUCAACCUGA